GAUACGAAUGUUGUGAGAAUCCUGUAGAAUUCAUUGAAAAUUAAUUUUUUUAGUUAAGUCUAGCCUGAAAUUGUUGAUCGCCAAUAAUCAUGGAAAUAUCUCAAAGAGGUUUUAUUAUCCUCGCGUUCAUCUUGUACUUUCAACUGAUGGCAACCACGUCUCCGCCGCAAUCCAGCACUAAAUUUCCAUCUUCAGCAAACAACUCGAAGGAAAAAUUUCUGAUUCGCAAAUGCUGCGGUCCAGGCCAAGUGUACAAUUUCAAUUGGGAAGAGGAUGUAGCCGAUCGUAAAGAUCGAUGUGUUAAAUAUUCCAUCACCAGCAGCCAUCCAUCUUCGCAAAACUAUUCUCGAUCGGUUUUCUUUGGCUCUGAACAGACUGUGCCAUCUCAAUACGCCAUCGAAGAUAUAGAAAUCGACGCGGGAUUUCCUAGCAAUUGCACGCCGGAUCGAUACGGAAGCACUUUGAUCUUACUGGAACCCGACAUGAGAAUGGCCGACCUCUUCUAUCCAAUUGCAUCUGGCCAGCUGUUAGUGCCACAUCGGUUUUGGGUUUUACAAAAUGAACACCACUGCAUAGAAGACUUUUUCUUGGACGGAAAUUUCAAAAAGGCUAGAAGAGUUGCGUUUAUUUGUACGUCGCACACCCAUCCGUUUCCCACAAGUGCCAUUGACGAUUUUGGAAAAUUACAAUUGAAUUUUAUCCGAUGGACGGCACCUGUGGAACUGAUGUCAGCCUUUUCCGGAAAAACAGUUGUUAGAAAAUGCUGCGAUCGAAAUGAAGUUUACUCACAAAAUCUGAUUUGCAUUGAAAAUAAUCGAGGAGCUUCAACACAAUUCUUCGAUGAUCUUCAGUUCUCAAAAAGCGACGAGCUAUUCUUCCGGUUCGGAUUACCCAUUUGCUCCGACCCAUUUCUCUACCGACGACAAACAAUCGAUUUCGUAUUAAACUCGAACGGCAGUUUGGAAAUUAAUUCCGGUAGCAAUUUAGUCUCUAUUGAAAAUUAUUGCAUGGAGGACAUUGUCUACAAGGAUUCCGUGGGUUUACCCGUCACAUCCAAUCUCGCCAUUUUCUGCUCCGAUCAAAAAAUGGAGUUACCCAAGAAAGAAGAAGUUGCACCAGCAGAGAAGCCGACCAUUAGCGAAACCGCAUCUGAGAUGGUUGUUCGCAACGAGUCGAGUAUAAAAAUCAAUAUGCCCAAGUGUUGUCCAUCUGGAUCUGUGAUGGACGAGCGAGAUAACUCCUGUCAGCCCCUGAGGUUAGAAGACGAAUCUUCGGAUACUGAUUCUAUCAUCUCACGGGCGCUGAACAGCCACAUUCAGAAGAAUUACAACAUUUUCAGCACCUUAAUGGCUAACACGUCGAUUUCCUGCCCAUUCGUAAAAAACAUUCCUUUGCUACCAAUGUAUCAUAGUUUUGGGAAACUUUUGUUCGAGUCCGUCGGCGAAGAAAAUAAUAGUCUCUCACUUUUAACGCAUUUUUAUUUUGAGAAUUAUUGGGAUUUAAAAGUGAAGCACCGGCCUUUUUGCGUGGACUUGGCCCUUCUUCGAAAUGAGAGAGAAGUUUUCUAUCAGCCCAAAGCAUUUUACUGCGUAUCAAAAUCUCAUCGUGUUUCAAUCCACUACCCGAUUCUUCUGCUGAUCUCGGCCGCCGGUUUAUUAGCCACAUUUAUUAUUUAUUUUAUUGUUCCAGCCUCCGGAUCGGCGAAAUUAGUUACAUCAGGAUUUGGAGGAGGAAGUAGGAAGAGGUCCAGAGUUACAACGAUGGCGAUGAUGUUGACUGGUCGAAUUUUAUUAUGCCACAUCAUUACCUUGUGUCUGACGUUCAUUUCGUUGUCGAUUGUUCAACUAGAACUAGUACCGCAAGGUCAACCUGCAUGUAUAGCGAUGGGCUAUAUUAUUUAUUUCGCAUCGGUUGCUUCAUUUUCCUGGUUGACAGUGUACUGUUUCGAUUACUACCGUAUCUUCAGCGGAUCGUUCAAAGUUUCUAACGAAAUGCUAUUCAUUCCGUAUUCGGCUUUCGGCUGGGGUUUUCCUAUCUUGUCAAUGAUUGCUGCUUUGGUCACACAGUUCCAGUCUUCCCAGAUUGGAAUCUCGGAAAUUUUCAAUCCCAACAUGGGUCUCUUGAAAUGCUGGUUUGCAGAUGGCACUUCCGCACUGGUUUUCUUUUACGCACCCGUCGGGUCCUUGCUAAUAUUCGACAUUGUUUGUUUUCUAACUUUACUCUUCAAUCCAAAUUUAAUGCAUUGCUGGAGAGGAAAACAGGGAAUGACAAUGCGCACCAAUCGAAACGCAUCAAAAGAUUCCAAAGAGCAGCAAGAUUUAAAAAUGGCACUGAAACUUUUUUUCAUCACCGGAAUUCCUUGGAUAUUUGAAUUCGCUGCGUGGCUUCCUUUCUACUUGACCGAUAACUCGUUUUUACGGACCAACGCCAUCUAUUUUUUCGAAAUCAGCAAUUUACUUAACUCGUUGCGUGGCGUCAUCAUCUUCAUCAUUUUCAUUGUUUUGAAUCGAGACGUCCGUCGUUUCUUGUGGCCUCGUCUCAAGAGGAUUUUUGUUCGAGAGGAUUCAAAUAUCGUACGCAGUAAUCGAUCCAAUAUCGAAGACCCGUCGUCCUUCUCGACUCAAUCGACAUCUGGGAUGACGACGAGUUCCACUUCCAAUUCUUUCAGCAAGUCAGAGGAGAGAGACCAUUCGAAUUCUUCAUUGCAAUCGAAAUCAAGUUAAUAAUUUCUCGUUACAGAAAUGUAUAGACUCAAGAUCGAUCCCUAGAUUCAAACUGUAUUGUGUUUUUUUAGUUCUAUUAUAAGCUAUAACAUUCUACAUUGCUUAUUGUGAAAUGUUUGAAAUACCAAUAGGCUACAGUAUUCGUUAUUCCA